AUGAAAGACAUACUACUUAUAUUAACUUUUCUCUCAGGGUAUGUCUACUGUGGGCGUAUAUUAGUUGUAGUACCGACACCCUCAUUCAGUCAUCAAGUCGUUUUUCGUCCUCUCACCCAAGAUUUAGCAAGAAGAGGACACGAAGUCGUAGUAGUAACCACCGAUCCUGUAUUCAAAAAUAAAGAUGGACCCCCAAAUCUAAGAGAAAUCGACGUACGAGACGUAACGUACGCAGCGUGGAAAACAAAUUUCAUGAACAACACGGAAUUCGGAAGCAAAAAGGACCUAUACAAAACAGCAGAACUAUUUCUAAUAGAGUUCAGUCACUCUUUGGAAAUACAGUUGAAAACUAAAGAAGUACAGGAAAUAAUACGCGAAGGGGAAGGAAGGUUUGAUGUGAUAAUUGUAGAGGCGUCUGUUAGGCCUGCGCUAAUCUUCUCUCACGUAUUCAAAGCUCCCAUAAUACAGAUGUCAACGUCAGGACCUAUGUUGAAUAGUAAUGAUGUGGUCGGUGCCCCUUCUCAUAUUUUCCUAUAUCCCUGGGUAUUACAUCAGAGAUUAUACAACCUAACAUUAUGGGAGGAGUUUCAAGAGAUAUUUAAACAUAAGGACAUCUACAACUUGUAUAUAAAUUUGGAAUUAAAAGAAGAUAUAAUGCUGCAGAGUAUAUUUGGAAGAGAUGUGCCUUCGUUGCGAGACCUGAGCGACAACGUGGAUAUGAUAUUCAUUAAUAGUUACUCGUUUUGGUGCGACAAAUUGCCAGUUCCUAAGAAUUUAGUUUAUGUGGGAGGAAUUCAUAUUCAGCCUGAAAAAGACUUGCCUGAGGACCUAAAAUCCUAUUUAGACUCGUGCAAAACUGGAAUCAUUUACGUAAGCUUCGGUAACAACGUAAAGCCGUCGCUUAUGCCUGUCGAUAAAGUUGAAAUGCUGACUAAAACAUUUUCCGAACUACCCUACAAUGUUCUGUGGCGGUGGGACGCUGAAAUUCCCGGUAUUUCGUCUAAUGUGAAAUUAACACGGUGGGUGCCGCAGAGUGAUUUACUGAGACAUCCAAACGUAAAACUUUUUAUACAACAGGGAGGGAUUAAUUCAGCUGAAGAGUCAAUUAGUGCUGGUGUACCAUUAAUAGGAAUACCUAUGAUCGCCGACCAAUGGUACACAUCAGAGAAAUAUGAAUAUUUCAAAAUUGGGAAGAGACUGCACUUAGACACGCUAACAAAAGACGAAUUGAAGAAUACAAUCACUAUGCUAAUCGAAGAUGGAAGUUACAGAGAAAACGUGAAAAAAUUAAGACAUUUGACUCGCGACCAGCCGCAAAGUGCGUUAGAGCGGGCUGUCUGGUGGACGGAGUACGUUAUGCUACAUAGGGGAGCAAAGAACCUUCGAGCACCCGCUGUCAAUACGCCCUGGAAUAUUUACUAUGAGAUAGAAUUGAUAUUGUCCGUUCUUACUAUAUCAGUAUUUUUCAUAGGAUUGGCUUUAAGUUUAAUUAUAUAUCUGUGUAAAAAAAUCACACGCAAAACUAAAACACAAUGA